AUAGAACAGACACAACCAGGCUGGCAUGGUUGACAGCUGAGCCAGUGGAGUUGGCCCCGGUAGAGUCUAUGGCCACGAUGUUCUUUUACGAAGAUACAACAACUGAAAACUAGAUCGGGAAUUGGGCAUGCUACAGUUGCUAUUGAAGGCGUUGAUUCGCGCACUUGAUUAUGUUCAUCUUUCAUUCUUCAUCGAAAAGUCACAGAGUCGUGGUCGAUGGUCGCGCGAUCAGUCUACAUCCAGGAUGCUGCUCACUGUGGAGGACGUAAACGAAGCUCUUCUCCACCAUGAUACCAACGCAUCGCAGCAACUCUCAGCAGGUUACCCCUCCAAGCCCACUGACGGUGGAUAAACAUGUAACAGUAUAUGUACUUCUUGCUGGGGUAGCAGGAGGAUUGAUGCUUGCUGCAGUAGUCAUGGUAUGCUGCAAAGUUUGUCUUAGGAAAAGGAAGCCUCUCCAGAGGCAACAUGUUGUGUUCAGCCGAUACUCAGAAAGGCAGCACAGUAGGGCCAGAAAGUACCACAGCCUGGAUUCAGCUGCGAGCAUCGACAUUGAGACCAGCUGUGGUUACCCGGACAGUUCCCCAUCCUCCAGGGAUCUAAGAGAUUAUGAUCCAGAUGAUCUUGUAGAGAGUGGCUUUUCUCAAUCAUGGGCUCAGUCUGUACCGGACAGUGGAGCAGAUGAUUAUGGUGGAGACAUAGAAUUGCAAGAACGGCCAAAAGCUAGAGCUUCUGUUAAAGGUAAAGUAAAAACUGCUCCUAAACAAAGUGAAGGCCAGUCUGAUUCAUCUUCCCCUGAAAGACCUCCCGAACCAACUAGUGUUGUACGGCGAAGAUCAUCUGUUGGAAUUCAAAGGCAAGCUUCUGUUUGUUUAUCUGAUGAUGAGGAUCAAUCAUUUGAGGUUCAUAAACAACACCAUCCUACUUGUACCCCAGAUCAUCAAAAAUUACCUGAACAUUCGCACCGAGAUACAACUAAAGUUGCAGCUAUUGUUCAUCACAGCUGUAAUGAUAAACCUCUAAUACCACAUAGUUGGGAUCAAACAUCAGUGUGUUCUUCCACUUCACAACCUGUUAUGGGAAUUCGUCAUCCUCCUUUCAUUCAUUCACAUUCAUCACCUGAUUCAGGAACCACUGCAGGUGUUCUUGACGCCAAACAUGCUCGAGUAUUAAGUACUGUUUCCUUACAUGGAAUACCCCCAGAAACGCUUGCCCGUGUGGUUGAUCUAGAAGAUUACCAUUACAGUAGGCAGCAACUCUGGGAACUAGCUGCUCAAGGUGCAACUCUCCUAAAAGAUAAAUCUCAAUCUAGUUUAGAUAUUGCCAUUGGAGCAGAAGGAUGGACUGUUGAUCCUUCCGAAAUUCAACAAGCCACUAGCACUGAAGCAGGUAUUUUAGAACAAAGUUUAGAACAGCAUCAAUUAGAACAUAUAAGAUUACUUCUCAGAAGGUAUUCUCCUGUAGAUGAAGAAGAUGUAAAAAUAUGGAGUAAAGUGCGUUAUAAUGAUACUGGGAGUAGGGAGGACAUUCGUGAAGAAGUUAUUGAAAUGAUAUCAGGAGAAAGUUCUGAUGAUAGUAAUUGCAGUAUUGAAAAUGAGGUGCUAAAACAACAAUCGCGACAACUAUGGGAAUUGAGAGCUACUCUUGAAGAAGAGGAAGACAAACUCAGUGAUGCAGUAGAGCUAGAAGAAGAUCCAAUAGAAGAAGGUACAUUAGGUGUCCAAGACGUAACAGCUUCACAUGCCACAUCAUUUGAAUCUAAUGCAGAUGUUUCUUGUGAUGAUCCUGGUUAUGAAUGUGAUGAAAGUGAUUACUUACAACUUCCUUCUCAUGAGUUACGUCGGCAUUGCUAUAAAAGUUUAUUGACUAGGCGCUUGCAGAAACGUACACCUGGUACUGAGAGUAGUUUUGAUAGUGUAGAAAGCUCAUCAACCGAUAGGACAGAAGGUGCUACUACAUCAUUUGAAUCUACUACUGAUAAUACUGAUAGUACAGGAGAAAACCAAACAAAUAGAUUGCAACAAAUGAAAGCAGAUAGUGGUUAUAAAUCAAUGGAAAGCAAUGGUAAAGCUCCCCGUUUAUGUAGAAAGCAAUUACAAUUUACCCUUGAAGGUGACAGUAUGGAUCAAAUGAUGACAACCAUGGAAGGUACAUUUGAUGAAGAAAUAGAGAUAUUCAAACCUGAUGUACAAAUAACUGAGUCUAUUAAGACCAAAUCAAUGGAAACUUCCAAGGUAGUCUCAUUUGAAGGUGUGAUGGUUAAAGAUGAAGGUCUUCCACCGUGCAAACCCCAGGUGCACAAAAAGAAAUACAAGAGUGCCUUGAAAAAGCACAGUACUGAAAGUGAUAUACAAUGGAGUGAGCAAACUGAAAUGGUGGUAGAGACUCGUGGCAAAACAUCAGUUUUUCAAAGGUUCUUCCGCUCAGGGCGUCUUAGAUUUGAUAACCUGCAACAGUUUAGAGACUACAGUAUAGAUGAAAAGUCAGAUGCUUUAUUUAAGGAAUUUUCUCGUCAUGAUUCUGAGGGUGAAUAUUAUCGUAAUCGGGGUACACGACUCCAUAGUCACAUGAGGCUUCAUCAUAGAUCACUGCCAUCUACUGAAAGUAGUAGCCCUCAUCUUCCAAUAUCAGUGCUUUCACCUCAAGUCAGCAUUGAAGAAGAAAGCUGCGAAAGUGGAGGGGAGGAGGAUAAAGCUAAGGCAGCUGAUAAGCAGGAACAAAUGAGUAGUCCUCAUGAUACCCAAGCUCAGAUCCCUGUGAUAUGUCUCUUACAUGGUGGAGAACAACAGUAAUUAUUACGCAAGAAUUCUUAUAGCCAUAUCGUGGGACCGAACCAUGACUCUAAGUAUAACAGUAUUGUAUUCUUUGUAAAGUUGUACAGUAUAUACCAUUUGGGCACAAAAGAAUGCAGUUAAGAUUGAUAUUAAUUUGCACCUCUUUGCUGCCUGUACAGUCAUAUGUUCAAAAAUAUGUUUUAAAGGACUGAGGAAGUUAUUUGAAAGAAUGUCCUUAUGCCACACAAAUAUUUUCAUUUUCUAAACAUCCAAAGUUCCAAAACUAAGUAUAGAGCUAUAGUUUAUUUCUGCUCACUAUUUCUCAAUUCACAGCUAUUAUGUUCACAAAGUGCCAAGAUGCUGAAAAAUUUGAGGUCUGACAUUUUUACUGACAUAGAUUGAUUUGAUGAGUGAUUAUAUGUCAAGAUUGACUGCAUCUCACAUUUUUUCUUAUUCUGUAAAUAAUAUGAGAAAAUGUACAUGUUGUUAAGUGUGUUUUAACUUAUGCACCUGCAGAAAAUGGCAAGAUAAUUUAAUUUUUUUAUGACGAUGCCUUUAUUUGCAAUUGUUUUUAUGUAGUCUUCAUAUUCUUGGUUUUGAUUAAGAUCUUGCACAAGAUGCAUAACUUAAUUUUUUUUAAUAACUUGAACUGCCAAAAUUAUAAAAUAAAAAUAUAAAAAACUGUG